AUGGAUGUUAGGAGUUGGGUUCCAACUGCAGGAGAUGGGACCGCGAAUUUUACCCCGGCCUACCUCCUGCUGGAUCCCCAUAACGGGUCAGGUCCAACACCUACACGGUUGGAUAACGGUCCGUUCAACGAUGUGACGCGGUUGGACGACCAGGAGCGCUACAUCACAGAUCAAGCCUACCGGGACUUCACCACUACCAUCCAGGUGCUCAUCCUCAUAGGAUCCCUGUUGGGCAAUGCCACUGUUCUAUGGUGUACCUGCUGUACCAAUGUCUUCAAGUCGGUGACCAGUCGCUUCAUUAAGAACCUGGCGUGCUCAGGGAUCUGUGCGGGUCUGGUGUGUGUUCCUUUUGACGUGGCUCUAGGGGCCAGCCCUCGCUGCUGUUGGUGGCUACACACUCUGCUGCUCUGCAAGGCCCUGAAGUUCCUCCACAAACUCUUCUGCUCCGUCACCGUGCUCAGCUUCUCCGCUAUCGCUCUCGACAGGUACUACUCUGUCCUCUACCCUCUGGAGAGGAAGAUCUCAGAAGCCAGAUCACGUGACCUGGUUAUCUACAUCUGGAUCCACGCCACCAUCGCCAGCGUGCCUGUGUUCGCCGUCACCAACGUUACCGACGUGUACGCCACCUUGUCAUGUUCCGACGCCCACGCCCGCUCCUUGGGUCACAUGGUCUAUGUGAUGAUCUACAACGUAACCACGGUGAUCCUUCCCCUGGCGGUUGUCUUCCUGUUCAUGGUUCUGAUUCGCCGAGCCCUUAGCGCCAGCCAGAAGAAGAAGGUGAUUAUUGCAGCGUUGAGAACCCCUCAGAACUCCAUCUCUAUUCCGUACGUGUCGCAGCGCGAGGCUGAGCUACACGCUACAUUACUAGCUGUAGUUUUAGCCUUCUCGGCCUGUAGCGCCCCCUAUGGGGCGUUGGUGGUAUACCGCACCCUUCUCGGGGACGGUGAGGAAUUGUCUCCUUCUCUCCAACUCACAGCUAUCUGGCUGCCAAAGGUGUCUCUCCUCACCAACCCUCUGCUGUUUCUGACGGUGAACCGCACGGCCAGGCAGUGCCUGUUGGAUGUUUUAGCCCGGGUCCACAGACGCUACAGCCGGCGUAACGUAGUCAGCACUGGGGCCCUGGGGCUGGGGCUAGGGGGCGAGGGAGGGCUGGAGGGGUCGGCUCAGGCCGGGAGCCAGCUCCUGGAGAUGUUUAAUAUCGGACAGCAGCAGAUCUUUAGGCCGACCGAUGAAGAGGACGAGGAGGAGGUAGAGAAUGAGAUACUUUCGUUUGGUUCAGGGGGUGGUGGGGGUUGUUCGCAACCCAAAGAGAACCACCUUGGAGGGGGUAGACUAGGGGGACACGAAGGGGAGAUGGUUCUACAGAAGGAGACCCAACCAACCAGAGAGAGUGUGCUAGUGACUAGAGAACCUCCUCCUCUCAUAUUGCCCAAGGUCUCCGCUGCCCCUGUCCAUGCCUGCUCUUACACCUCCUCGUCACAGGUGGCGCCAGCGACCCCCACGGAGCCCGACGACGCCACCCAGUUUGGGUUCGGUCCAUUCGAGCUGCCGCCCCAGUGGCUGCCGGAGACCAGGAACAGUAAAAAGAGGCUCCUCCCACCGCUGGGGAAUACCCCCGAGGAACUGAUCCAGACCAAACAGCCACGCCCACGGCCAGAACGACGAAUCAGCAGGAACAACAAGGUCAGCACCUUUCCCGUUGUCGACCCUUAA